AUGGCUGUUUUGUAUUACAAGUUUAAGACUUCCAUUGAUGGUCCGUUCAUAUCAGUUUCUGCUUUAAAAGCCCAAAUCUUUUCUUCCAAGCGUUACGGCAAUGGUAAGGAUUUUGAUUUGUUGAUCAGCGAUGCCCGAACCUAUGAACAAUUUGCUGAUGGCUGCUCCUUAAUCCCAGCGAACUCUUCUGUUUUGAUUUGUCGUGUUCCCAAGAUUGAAAAACCAGUUAUUAUCGGAGAAAAAGAAAAACCCAAGAUUGAAAACAUCCCAUCGUCUGUUGUGAGACAUUCUCCAGAAGAAGAAGGUUUUGAUUUCUAUGAUUUUGGACUUGAUUUUGAUUCCGUUCCCACAAAGUCAACCGUGAAUCCAAGCAAUAGCUGUUGUAAGGAAGACAAAAUUGAUGUUGUGUUUAAGUUUUUACCUGUUAAAGGGUUUGGAAAGCGCCAAAUUCCACCACAAGGUUAUGUUUACCGUCAUUGUAAGGUGACUGGACAUUAUAUUCAGUAUUGCCCUACAAAUGGUGAUCCCAACUUUGAUUUUAAAAGGGUUAAGCCUACAACUGGGAUAUCGAAGAAAUCUGUUUCAACUUCCAGUGGUUCUGUGAUUUCUUAUGCUUCUGCUUCAACUUUGAGUAGUUCUGUUGGUGAUAAUUUACCACCCGAAUUACACUACCCAUUGUGCAAAAAAGUCAUGAAAGAUGCUGUUUUGGCAAAGUGCUGUUUCGCUAGUUUGUAUGAUAAAUGUAUAAGAGAUCGCAUUGUUUCCAAGUCUGUUUGUGUUUGCCCAUGGAAAAUAGUGUCUGAUGAUGUUCUGGCUAAUAUGCCUCUUAGAGAUACUAUCAAUCGAAUUCUGAAUCAAUCUGGAGAUUCAACUUCUAACAGUGCUGGAACUGAAGCUGCCAACAUGAAAAGGAAGCACCUGCUUGCAGCGAAAGAAAUACAACAGAAGAGGCCAGAUUUGGGGUGA